CAGGUAUCCUGAAACCGUGCCUUGUUUUGGUAGGCAUAAGUAGAACGUGAACAACAAACUCCAUCAAAGUAUGAAUAAUAAUAAGAGCUUGAAAGGAGGAGAUAGUGUGAGUAUUGAUGCAGAAAAGCUUCAGCAGGAGCUUCUCAAUAUGGGAUUCGGAGGUUAUGCCAAUUCUCUCUCUGCUCGCCAAAUGGAGUCUCUCUCUGCUCUCUGUGACACCUUAUUGCCCUCCAUUGAUGUUGCCGAUGAGGAUGUUGUUGACUCCUCCCUAUCCAACUUUUAUCGAACUUCCGCCUCCAUGGCUGCCACCCCUCAACGUGUAGGAGGGUUGAUAAGCGAGAGAAUGAGACAUCCAAGAAUAUGGUUGAUGAAAGUAUGUCUAUGGCUGCUUUCCACAUGCAUUGGAACGCUGAUACUGUGCGGCCGACACAGCUUUUCCACUCGCUUUCCAUACGUGCACAGUUUCGCUCGCUUGCCUCCUCACAAGCGUCAACAGAUAACGCUCUCCUGGUCUCUCAGCUUCUUCUUUCAUUUGAGGACUCUCUUCUUGGCCAUCAAGCUUCUCACUCUUCUUGUUUUCUUCACUCAGGUGGAUGAGAAGAAUGAGAACCUCUCAUGGAAAGCAAUUGGCUACACUGGACCUGACCCAGAUUUCAGAAAAAAACCUAGGACACCGCUCAAAAUUGUGCCACUAAUUUCCAAAGAUGAAGAGCUAAAAUGCAAGGGAGAUGCUGAUCAUCACAAUCACAAUGACCAGUCCUUGCUCUUUGGACCUCUCUAUAGAGGCCUCAUUGACAUCAAACUUCCUACUAACUUUCUUGCAGAAUCCCUCCAACAAUUCGGAUUCCCCGUCUCUGUUAAUAGUCCGAAAACCGCCAUUGCCAACCCUUCAAUGGUUAUUCAAUGUGAUGCUGUAGUUGUUGGUUCAGGCUCUGGUGGUGGUGUAAUUGCAGGUGUUCUUGCCAAGGCAGGUUACAAAGUUCUGGUCUUGGAGAAAGGAAACUACUGCGCAAGAACCAAUCUUUCACUUCUUGAAGGACCUUCCAUGGAUCAAAUGUACCUAAAUGGAGGUCUUACGGGAACUCAUGAUUUAGGAAUUGUCGUACUUGCUGGCUCUACUGUUGGUGGAGGCUCUGCAAUCAACUGGUCAGCCUCAAUUCAGACGCCAAAGCAUGUUAUCAGUGAAUGGAGCAACCAAUGCGAGCUUGAGUUUUUUGACAGCAAAUUGUACAGAGAGGCCAUGGAUAUUGUCUGUGAAAGAAUGGGAGUCCAGUCCGGAAUCGACGAAGAAGGAUUCAACAAUGAGAUUCUAAGAAGAGGGUGUGAAGAAACAGGUUAUAAUGUCAAAACCAUUCCUAGAAAUUCCACAUCCGAUCAUUACUGUGGAUGGUGUGGUUUUGGGUGUAAAGAUGGAAGGAAGAAGGGGACAGCAGAGACUUGGCUUAUGGACUUGGUGGAUUCAGGGAAUGGUGCAAUCCUUCCUGGAUGUGAAGUAAUUAAAGUUCUACAGAAGAAAAGAAAUGGCAGGAAGACUGCAACUGGAGUUGCCUUUGAGUUUGAUAGCAGAAGAGGGAAAGAAAUGUGUUUUGUGGAGUCCAAAGUGACAAUUGUUGCCUGUGGAGCUCUUAGUACUCCAGCUUUGUUAACAAGAAGUGGCCUCAAGAAUCCCAACAUUGGUAGAAACCUGCAUCUCCAUCCGGUCACAAUGGCUUGGGGUUAUUUUCCAGACAAUUCCGAGUGGCCAAACAAAGAGAAGAGAAGCUACGAAGGAGGUAUAAUGACAGCAAUGUCUAGUGUAUUCCAUGAUUCCGGAUACGGAGCAGUGAUACAAACACCUUCAUUGCAUCCAGGUAUGUUCUCCGUCCUAAUGCCAUGGACAUCUGGUUUGGACAUCAAAAAGAGAAUGACCAGGUUUUCCAGGACUACCCAUAUAUUUGCAUUGGCGAGGGACAGAGGAUCAGGAACAGUGAAAUCUCCAAGCUCAAUAACCUAUCAAAUGGAAGAUCUGGAUGAAAUGAACCUUCAGAAAGGACUGGGGAAGAUAUUGAGGAUUCUAGCAGCAGCAGGGGCAGAGGAAAUAGGAACACAUCAUUGUAGAGGGAAGACCUUGAAUGUGAAGAAGGUAAGCUCAAAUGAGUUCGAGAGGUUUGUGAAAGAGGAGAGUUCAAGGCCACUGAGAGAUUUAUCAACACCAAUAUGUUCAGCACAUCAAAUGGGGAGUUGCCGGAUGGGGGUGGAUCCGAAGAAGUCAGCAGUAAAUCCGAUGGGAGAGACAUGGGAGGUAGAAGGACUUUUUGUUGCAGAUGCAAGUGUGUUUCCAACAGCUUUAGGAGUGAAUCCAAUGGUGACUGUGCAGGCUAUUGCUUAUUGCACAGCACAAUCUGUUCUGGAAGUACUGAGGAGGAAGAAAAGUAGAAGCUAAUUAAGUAACCAGUAUGAAUCUAUCUCAUGCGUGACUUCAUUGGAUCAAAAGAGAGGCAGAGGGGCUACACUAGGCUUUUGUACCACUCC